GAGGCAGUGAGGGGAGUUUCCCUGCUCACAGCAGCUCGUGCCUGACAGCUAGCACAGGCAGCCAACGUCUGAACCAAGCUAGCUGUCCGACUUUUACACGGCCUCUCCAUCAUGGACCUUAACGGCAUCUUAUCCCAGCUUGAAACUGCAAACGAUGAGGACACAGAGACGCUUUUACAGCGAUACAGCCAAGAGAACACUCAGACCUUCACGUUUGACCAAAAAGAAGAAGCUCUGCGAAGGAAACUCUGUCAGAGUGUUUUGGCCGUUCUUGGGAGACAGGUGCGGCCCAGCUGUCAGAGGACGUGUCUGGAAACACUUCGCAUCCUUUCCAGAGACAAACGGGUCCUCGGACCUGUAGCCACUGUGGAUGGCAUGCUGGUUCUGACUCGGAUGGCGACGCUGCGUGCCCAACAGGAUGAAGAGAAUAAACAGGAAGCCGCUCAGGACAGUUUACAGUCUGAGGAAGAGAAGAGGGUGGUUGUGGAGGCUUUAAAGUGCCUAUGCAAUGUUGUGUACAACAGUUCUGCAGCUCAGCAGGUUUGUGUAGACAUCCAGCUUGCACACAGCCUUUGUGCCAGCCUGCACUCCGCCCACAUGUGGCAACACGAGGUGGGCCUGUUCAUCUUGCGCCUCUUCUUCCUGCUGUCUGCCCUGCGGCCUGAUGUGAGAGCAGUACUGAGGAAAGACUGUCACGCUGUGAGACUGUUGACAGAGGUCCUGGAGCACACGCUGGACGUGCACUGGGUCGGUACCUACGAAGCUGCUCGACCAGAACCGCAGGCUCUGCCACUGCCUGCAGAGAGCAACGAACGAGCGAUGGAAGCCCUUAAAGCCUUGUUCAACCUCACGCUCUCAGAAAGUCGGAAUGAGGAGGAUGACCACCAGUUCCGACUCCUAGCUGCAAUCCUGCGUCACCUUUUGAUGCUGAAAACUGAGACGGAGGAGAAAACAGAAGAAGCACACAGCCACGCUGUCAACCUGCUCAACAACCUGCCUGUUUCCUGCCUGGAUGUGUUGAUUGACGUGCCCAUCCAGGGCGGCGUGGAGGAAUAUGGCGGCAAAAACAUGGAAGCAGUUCAAGUAUUGCUGGACUUCAUGGAGAGGAGAAUUGAUAAGUGCUCCAACUACAAAGAAGGUUUGACUCCAGUGCUCAGCCUGUUAACCGAAGGAUCCAGAUGCCACAGAGAGAUUCGCAGAUAUAUCAAAACUCAGGUACUUCCUCCACUGAAGGAUGUGAAGAACAGACCAGAGGUGGGAACCACCAUCAGAAACAAGCUGGUUCGCCUCAUGACGCAUGUGGACAUGGGUGUAAAGCAGACUGCUGCAGAGUUCCUGUUCGUCCUCUGCAAAGAGAGUGUGGACAAUCUUUUGAAGUACACGGGAUACGGAAACGCAGCAGGACUCCUGGUGGCUCGAGGGCUACUGGCAGGUGGGAGAGGAGAGACGCAGUACUCUGACGAUGAAGACUCUGACACAGAUGAAUACAAAUCUGCCAAACCUUUCAUUAACCCCAUCACUGGUCAUGUGGAGGAGCCGAUGCCAAACCCCAUUGAAGAGAUGACGGAGGAGCAGAAGGAGUAUGAAGCUGAGAAACUGGCCAGCAUGUUUGACAAGCUGUCAAGGCAGAACGUGAUCCGGCCCAUGGGCGUCAGGCCAGACGGGACGUUGGCACCUCUUGAAGAAACGCUCGUUUGUCCACCUGAAGAAAACUCCGAUACAGACUCUGAUUAGGCCAGAGUUUUCAGAUCUUCUGAACUGUGACACGCUGCACUUAAACAUUUUCUUUACAUCUACCUGACUGUCAAUCCUAUAAAAAGACCCUGGCCUUCCAGUGGUACUUUUUAACCUGUAAAGUCGUUUCUGACAAGUGGGGUUUCACAUAGCGUGACGAGAGAAGUACUUUAUUGUAGAAUAAACUGGGACACCCAGAUUACUAUGAUGAGCUUAACUAUAACUGUACAAAAUUAUUGGAAAAUUACUAGGCAUGUUAAUGAUGGAAAACAUGGAAUAGAAAUUUAUCUUGAAGUCUGUCAGCUAUUGUUUUUUUUUUCCUGCUUCUCGCAGGGUUGUUGGUUUAUACAUUGCCCUGUAAAAGUAUUCAUACUUCUUUAAACUCUAACCGUACAUUUUUAUGCCAGUUUACUUCAAACUUGGCUUAUUUGAAAUCCAUCACAAACUAGUGCAUUAUUGUAAAGUUGGGGCAUAGGAAUACAUUGAAUUUUUAAAUGUUUUUACAAUCUAGAAACUAAAAAGUGUGUUGGACAUUUCUGUUAUCAAUACAUUCCCCCUUUGCUGCACAUGCAAAUCUUCUGGGGAUUUAGCAGCUUUGCUAAUCUAGAUACUAAAUGUCUUUAUAAAAUAGCUCAAGCUUAGUUAGACUAAAACUAUUUUUAAUAAAUUGACUUCCGCAGGCAGUUUAAGGGUAUUUUUCCUGUAGCUUGUCUAUUUUCAAUAAUUAGCAAUGAUCUAUCAUUAGGUACUUAGAAGUUUGUGAUCAUAACAUGGAGACUUUCAAGGGGUGUGAAUACUUUUGUAAGAUACUGUAUCCGGUGUUGUACAGAUGCCUAGUUUCAUGCAUAUACAAAAAUCAGUGAAAUAUGUUUAAAUUGGUAAUUUUUGUUCAGUGAAUGACUUAAUGCCUAAACAUUAGCAGAGAUAUGAAAUGAAUAAAGAAUAUAUUGGGGGUUUUUUUUUAGGCCUCAUUUAGAAUUUCCUGAAGUUCUGUUGGAGACCUCAGAUGGUUCUUCAUCUGCACCGGGAAACGGCCGAACAUUCAAGCCUCUGAAGGCAUUUUAUAGUUUGGGUCAGUCAGGUAUCAAUAUGUACGCAUCAUGGAAAAUUUCAACUCAUUUCCUACAUUCAACUGUUUUAUGUACAUAAAUUGGGAUUUUGAUUUGAGCUUUAUCAAUCUCUCAGGUCACCUUGUCUAAAAAAGAUGCAAAGUGAGAGUUAAAGUCAAAUUUAGGAUUUAUCUACAGAACUAGUGAAAAUUAACAAAGUGAAAUGAACUGUUGCUGUAAUGUGGGGGAGUUGUUGGCAUUGUCUGCAUACACACAAUGGAGGAAAUGCAGCGCAUGUGUGAAAAAUGGAAGUGGUGAAAUGAUCUGGAACUGGAAGGUUCUUCCCGUUCUUGGACUCAGAUUGCUGGUUACUCAAAUCAUCUGUGGCCUUUUUGGUUAAUUAUUGCUUCUUUAGGAACAUAGAGUAUCUUUUACUUUUUGUGAACACAUAUGCAAAGGUUUCAGGUCUUAAAAAUAAUUCCUUUGUCAGUUUGAUUCCUUUGUAUUUUUUGCUUUACUAAGUUCUUGUUCGAUUCAGUUGAACCACAGUUUAACAUUGGACAGCUAACCGCCUCCUUUAGGCUGAAGUCUCGCUGCCCGUCCAGAACUGAAGGGUUCUAAAAUCAGGCAGCUCAGAUAAAACUUAAUGAAUGUUGCACACAGAGUAAAUCUUCCUGAAUUCAGGAUUCGCUAGCCAAGACAUUCACUUUGUAAGCUGUUUAUAGAAGAAAAGCUAAUAUACAGUUGCUAAAUUUAGGAAAUCACAACUUUUGUGGACUUAUAACAAAAAAAAACACGAUUGUAAUCUAUUAACUAUUGCAAAUUAUAAACCAGAUUUUAUUUUUGCCCCUUCAAAUGCACAAUUUUAAACAUUUUGUGCAGCUGUAAGCCCAAAUAUGCUUAGAAAUUUAUAGUAAAAGUUGUUGGUACAGUAAGUUUUACCACAACAGAAAUGCUUUCAGACUGUUAUAUUUUCUUAUGUUUUUUGUAAGUUUUGUAUUGCAACUGUUUAGACCUUUAUGCUCUGCUUUAAGUUAUGCUUUUAUUUUCCAGCGCAUUUAUCCUGGCAUGCCUCCAGAAUUUGCAUGAACAGGAAUAGUUUGUUCUUUUUGCACUUUGUGUACGAUAGGCAGCACUACUUCAUUCUGUGAAGCUUUUCCACUGAAAAGUUAAUAAAGUGAAGACCAAGACUGAC